ACUAAAUGCUUUCAAAGAAAGGGUUAAAUGUUGUAACUUCUCUAUCACCUUUAUCUUACAUUUCUGGUAUAAAUAUUGUGUCAAGAGUCACCAUCUCAACAUCUGAAACUUUUGGAGGAACAAGUGAAUAUUAAAACCAGCACAGGAUGCAGGCAAUCAUUGUUAUGAUAUGCCUGAUUCACGGAUUUGCCUACUCAAAACUAAUAAGGACAAAGAGAGCUGCAAAUUCAGAAGCCUUUAUGAAUAUUAAUGAACUUAUCAUCCAUAAAGGCUAUCUGAGCGAGGAAUAUAAAGUGAUGACAACAGAUGGCUAUAUUCUUAGCUUGAAUAGAAUUCCGUCUGGCAGAAACUAUCAAAUGGAUUUUGCUAUGAAACCUGUAGUAUUUCUCCAGCAUGGUUUGCUAGGAGAUGGAAGCAACUGGGUUACCAACUUGGCCCACAACAGUUUGGGUUUCAUCCUCGCAGAUGCUGGAUAUGAUGUUUGGAUUGGAAACAGCAGAGGAAAUACUUGGUCCAGAAGUCACCAAAAUCUGUCUGUGAGUGAAGAUGAAUUUUGGGCUUUCAGCUUUGAUGAAAUGGCAAAGUAUGAUCUUCCAGCUGUCGUCAAUUUCAUUCUACGGAAAACUGGCCAACAACAAUUGUACUAUGUUGGUUACUCACAGGGUGCUGCAAUAGCAUUUAUAGCAUUUUCAGCCAUGCCAGAAUUGGCUCAGAAGAUCAAAAUGUUUUUUGCCUUAGCCCCUGUGACAAGAAUUAAGUAUGCCAAAAGCUCUAUAGUAAAACUUCUUAAUCUCCCAGAGAGGUUCCUUCAGACUUUGCUUGGCAAAAGAGAAUUCCUUCCCCAGAAGUGGCUAGUUGGAAAGGCUCUUUCUACUUUCUGCAGCCGGCGUCUCUUUACUAGUGUUUGUGGAAACAUCUUUUUCCACCUCAGUGGCUAUAACAUGAGAAAUAUAAAUAUGAGUCGAAUAAACAUAUAUGUGGCCCGAUCCCCAGCUGGAACAUCAGUACAGAAUAUACUGCACUGGAGCCAGAUUUUUCGUUGUGGAUUAUUCAAAAGUUUUGACUGGGGUGAUGAGAUGAAGAAUAAAAUAAAGCACAAACAGCUUACUCCUCCAUUAUAUAAAGUGGACGCUAUGACAGUUCCAACUGCAGUAUGGACUGGAGGAAAAGAUUUACUUUCUGAUCCAAAAGAUAUUGCUAUUUUAUUGCCUCAAAUUAAACAACUUGUUUCCCAUAAAUCCAUUUCAGACUGGGCACAUCUCGAUUUCAUAUGGGGUCUGGAUGCACCCCAACGCAUGUAUAAUGAAAUAAUUGAUCUGAUGAAGAAACAUGCAUAAUCUUUUCCAAAAUAAAAUAAA